GUGAGAAGAAUGCAGAACACAUGAGACUGCGUAGACAGGAAGGGCAGGGGAAGGCAGUCUCUGCUAUAAAAGUGACGUAAAUGACUUCCAGUAACGUGAUUCUCAGUCAGCCGGCAUUUUAGCAGUGCUUCUGUGGUGGUUGACUGCUUCUAAUUGUUUAAUUUAACUUAUUUAUUUUAUAUAUCUGAAUUCGUAAAGAAUUAUUUUUGGACGCAAUAGAUUCAAUAUGUUAUGUUUGUGUUUAACCGUGCCAGUCCUGGAUAAUUUGGAAAGGGAAUUUGAAUACUUUGAAUCAGACCGGCUGCCUGCUAAAUUAAAAUCUUUGUUCAGGCUUAGCCUUUUCAUCCCUUCACAGGAGUUAUCAACCUAUCGCCAGUGGAGACAGAAAGUUGUAAAAGCUGGUGACAAAGACUGUGAUGGCCAACUAGAUUUUGAAGAAUUUGUUCAUUAUUUAAAAGAUCAUGAGAAGAAACUCCGACUGGUUUUCAAAAGCCUAGACAAAAAAAAUGAUGGUAAAAUUGAUGCACAAGAAAUCAUGCAGUCGUUGCAUGACCUUGGAGUGCAUAUUUCAGAGCAGCAAGCAGAAAAGAUCCUGAAACGAAUUUGGAGAGGGCACCUCUGGGGCCCUAUUGUAUACAUGGAUAAAAAUGGAACAAUGACGAUUGACUGGAAUGAGUGGCGAGAUUAUCAUCUUUUACAUCCAGCAGACAACAUUCCAGAAAUAAUCCUAUACUGGAAGCACUCUACAAUCUUUGAUGUAGGUGAGAGUUUGACAAUCCCAGAUGAAUUCACAGAGGAAGAAAAGCAAACCGGGAUGUGGUGGCGGCAGUUGGUGGCAGGGGGAGGUGCGGGUGCUGUGUCCAGAACAUGCACUGCUCCCCUUGACCGGCUGAAGGUGCUGAUGCAAGUUCAUGCUUCCAAAUCUAACAAUAUGUGCAUCGCAGGAGGAUUUAGCCAUAUGAUUAAAGAAGGAGGAUUGCGAUCUUUGUGGAGAGGAAAUGGAAUCAAUGCAAUCAAAAUUGCACCAGAGUCUGCCCUCAAAUUCAUGGCAUAUGAACAGAUAAAAAGACUAAUUGGUAGUGACCAGCAGCCGUUAGGAAUUCAGGAGAGAUUGAUUGCAGGAUCGCUAGCUGGACUAAUUGCUCAGAGUACAAUUUAUCCAAUGGAGGUAUUAAAAACAAGAUUGGCGUUGCGGAAAACUGGACAGUAUUCAGGAAUGCUUGAUUGUGCAAAACACAUAUUUAAGAAAGAGGGGAUUAGAGCAUUCUACAAAGGCUACGUUCCCAAUAUGCUGGGCAUCAUCCCCUACGCUGGAAUAGACUUGGCUAUUUAUGAGACUCUGAAGAAUUCCUGGUUGCAGCGCUAUGCCACUGACAGUGUGGAUCCUGGGGUCUUUGUUCUCCUAGCUUGUGGCACUGUUUCGAGCACCUGUGGACAGUUAGCUAGUUACCCAUUAGCUCUUGUCAGGACUCGAAUGCAGGCGCAAGCUACCACUGAGGGAGCACCGCAGCCUACAAUGCUUGGACUCUUCAAGCACAUUCUGAGCACAGAAGGAGCAAUUGGACUAUACCGUGGCUUAGCACCAAAUUUCAUGAAAGUUAUUCCAGCUGUGAGCAUUAGCUACGUGGUGUAUGAAAACCUGAAAAUAACACUUGGAGUCACAUCGCGAUGAAGCUCCAAAGGGACUUAAAGUUGAUUAAUCUUGGGUGAUCAUCCUGGGGUUUUAACCAUCUCAUUCUGUGAAUGUUAUAAAACACUAGUUAAGUAAGGACACCACUGGGGAAGAGGGUUAAAGGGACCAUUUCCCCGACACAUUGUCAGCAGGUUUAUUUUGUGAUCAGCCUUUAAUUUUGACGGAAGUUGAAAAAUGCAGCCUGGGUCCUUGUUGGAGCUGAUUUGUGUAGCAGUAACCCUACUGCAGCUGUCAUCAGCCAUUCAAAUUGCCACUUGAAGCAUUUUAAUUGUUACGUGACGCUAUAUUACAAAUACCCAUGUGAAAAAUACUCUCUUGCAGCCAUGUGAUAUUCUUCAUCUGCUGAUUUUUAAUAGUAGUGCUGCCCUAAAUUUUAAAAUAGGUGGGUUGGUGCUGAUGUUAAAACAGCAAAUAGAAUAUCAUAGGAAUGCAUUGAAGUGUUAACCAAUUAGAGUCACCGAUCAUCAUUGCUCUUGAGGGAGAAAGGAAAGGUCAAGAAUCAAACCUUUUUUUUAAUGAGCAGGUUUGGCUCAGUGAAGCAUUAGAAUUUCUGCCAUGAGAUGGCUGUGGAUUUCCCCUCUGAUUUGUAACCUGACCUGCAUAACUGGAAAGCUCCAGAAAGGAUCUGGUUUUCAUUUUUUUUAAAUUCUGGAAACAAAAGUAUUUUCAUUCUUUUGUCACAUUUGCACAUUUCCUGAGUUUCAUUACCAGCUGAGUUAAUUUCAUCAUGGUAUCUGGUUUUAUCAUGCACUUCAGAGGUAAGCUGGAUAUUUGUUAUUUAUUGUUUACAAGUUUGCAAAAGGCUUAUAAUCUGAUAGAGGACACUUAAUUACCUGGUGAAGGAGCCAAAUAUUAGUUCCAUGUAAGGUUAUGUUAGACUAUCAUGAGUGAAGUUAAACCCACCCUUUGCAGUUUCUUUUAAAUCUCCUUCACUUUGUGCUGUGUGGGUCAUCUGUCUAAUGGAAAUCUUAAAUAAUUGUCUCACGUUUAGAAAGGGGGUUAAAUUAUUUAUUUUUAUAUGCCUUGCUGUGCUAACCAGAUAUUUAUUAAUAAAUGUGACUUAAAUGAGGGCAAAUUUGUUGCUGUCUUUUGCAUGUCCUAUAAUUUAACAGUUCACUUUGUAUGGGUUUUAAAUCCUCUUCAGCCCUUCCUACUGUGUGGAGGCAUUAAUUACCGUUAUCAGUCAUUUUGACUUUUUUUGUUAAUUCCAGACUCUCUUUUUUUUUUGUUUUGGUUUGAAUGAGCAAUGAAAGGAAUAAAAGCAUGUAUACAACACAGACCAAUUUUCUCCUGUGAAGUAUGACCAUUUUCAGUGUAGCAUUUUUCUGCAGGAAACAUUUUAGGUCAAGUAGUAGACAGGUGAUAAGUCACAAGGCACUAACUUCAGUCUGAAAGAUAUUCACGAAGGUGAGCUAUGUUUUUAGGAGCGUCCCAGUGAUGACAAAUGAAGGCAGUUGAUAUUGAGUAUUUAUAAAGAAAGUGGCAAAUCUGAUCCAGCAGGUGUUACUAGUUUCUAACAGUUACUGUGAUUUUCAUGUAAGCUACAAAAUCAGAAUAACUGUCUCUCACCAGAAAGGCGAGAGAUUAGCAGUCUGGUGCUAGAAAUGUGUUCUUGCAUUUCUUUGGAAUUUUAAGCCUUCAAAAGAAAGCAAGAAAUCCCAGUCUGCGUACUGUUGGAUCUGAUCAGAUAGUAUCGGUUAGACAAGCUUUUUUUAUGUUUUAGAGAGGGUAUGAUACAGGGAAGGUGGAGUGGUUGGCAAACCUGUAGCAGUGGUGAAAGACAGCAAGGUGGCUUGAAAGUAUGGGAGGAUGUUGUGAAGCUUGUGGGUACAGGACCCCGUGACUCCUGAUGAAUGAAGAGGUUCAUGAAGUCAAGUGGCACUGUGGGACUUGCAGAACUUUGGGACCAGAUACCAUAUCUGUCUGGUGGGAUGGACCUGGCGUCACAUAUCUUGGGCUUCUUGAGCAAGAUCAGUCCUUGUCCAUCUGAGCACAAGCACAGCGGAUGCUGUUUAGGGUGUGGCUUGUGCUGCAGAUAAAUAAACGUUCUGUGUUGUUUUAACUAUUUUAAUGUUUGAAAAGCAGCGUUGGCUACAUUUGCAGCUGUCGAAUGCCUUGUGUUGAUUUUGUUUCUAAAGAGGGGCAGUUUUCUGAGCUAAUUUGUCUUUCAUUGACUGAACAUAAUUUUACAAUUGCAAACUGAACCAUGUGUGUUGCAAGCUGAGUUUUCAGAUGUGUUCUCUGCCCCCCCACCCCACCUAAUUUAUGUAUUUAUUUUGGAAGUUUGUGAUAAGUAAAUUGUGUGUGACUUUAGUUAUAACUGUGAUCACUAAACUUAAAGAAAUUUGACUAAAAGCGUGGCUCGAUCUCUGCCUUGUCCAGACUGUUUCUGUUUUAGCUGUUUUAUCUACAGAAGUUAACGGGGAUGUGAAUUUGUUGCUCUGCAAUCUUCUGUAGGUAGAACAGAAGACACCCUAUUUAUUUAUUUAUUGUUUGUGUUGUUAAAAAGACACUGACUUCCUGUUGGUAUUGUUCUGCACUCUCUAAGUGUGCUGUAAGCUAUUCUGCAGGCAUUUGCAGACUGUUUCUAAUCUGACUUGCAAACCUGGAAUCUGCACUGUGUACACUUUUUUGGGGAUGAAGGGGAAAAGAGAAGGAGUGAAGUGGCUUUGUUUUACGUGGAUUUCCUUCACAAACACAGUCAGAAUUUUUAAUUUUUUUAGUGGAAUCAGAAGGUAUUUUUCUGCCAGAUGAUUUUUUUUCACGUUGUGAACCAGUUGAUCAUGGAAAUGCAGCUUUUUUUUAAAUGUAUGAAUAUUUACUUUUUUAAAAAAAACUGUUUUAGUGAAAGAGACGAGGGCCUGUAAGCUGUGAUUAUUGUUUGUUCUCAAAGCCUGUCAGCCAUGAAGUGCCUCUGCAGAUCCUAAUUUUUCCCUCUUUCAAGGGCUGUGCUGUGAGUCCUCUUCUGUUGGAGUAGUAUCUCCAGGAGAACAGAUCCAAAUGUCCUGCUGAGCUGCCCUUUAGCUCAAACCUUUACUUGAUAAAUGAUUCAAGGUCGCUGUCUGUUUUGGGAUUUUGCAGUGAAACCUGAUUUGCCAAAGGCAGCCUGUAAUUAAGUUUCUGAAAUUAUGAAGUACAAGUUGUGCAGAAUCAAUGCAAGCAAAUGUUCCUGUGUUUUUUUUUCUUUGUGUUUCUAUUUGUGUUGGAGAGCAAGACUGAUGAUCGACCCUUUCAUGUAUUUGUGUUCAAAUAGGGAACAGUCUUCUAAUAAAGUUAUU